UUCCCACUUAUAGUUUCUUUCUCCUACCCCAUUCUCUAUUCACUGCCAGGAGGCUUAGAUUCUGAGCUAAUGUGGUCCUCCCCUCCACAGAGCGGGAUGAGUGGGUGCUCCGGUGGGGAUGUGGUCAUUGCCGACCAGUGAGGGCGAGAGCGCCACGGCCCACUUCUUCCUUGGAGCUGGAGAUGAAGGGCUGGGCACCCAUGGAAUAGACAUGAGGACAGAAGAGAGUGACAGCGAGCUCCUUGAGGAUGAGGAGGAUGAAGUGCUUCCUGAACCACAGAUCAUUGUUGGCAUCUGUGCCAUGACCAAGAAAUCUAAGUCCAAGCCAAUGACUCAAAUCCUAGAGCGACUCUGCCGAUUUGACUACCUGACUGUUAUCAUUCUGGGAGAAGAUGUGAUUCUCAAUGAACCUGUGGAAAACUGGCCAUCCUGCCAUUGCCUCAUCUCUUUCCACUCCAAAGGCUUUCCUCUGGACAAGGCUGUUGCUUACUCCAAACUUCGAAAUCCCUUUCUUAUCAACGACUUGGCCAUGCAGUAUUACAUCCAAGAUAGGAGGGAGGUGUACCGGAUCCUGCAGGAGGAGGGUAUUGAUCUGCCUCGAUAUGCUGUGCUCAACCGUGACCCUGCCCAGCCUGAAGAGUGCAACCUGAUAGAAGGUGAAGACCAAGUAGAGGUAAAUGGAGCUGUCUUUCCCAAACCCUUUGUGGAGAAGCCAGUGAGUGCGGAGGAUCACAAUGUUUACAUCUACUACCCCAGUUCAGCUGGAGGAGGAAGCCAGCGUCUCUUCCGUAAGAUUGGCAGCCGAAGCAGUGUUUACUCUCCUGAGAGCAGUGUCCGAAAGACAGGGUCGUACAUCUAUGAAGAAUUCAUGCCGACAGAUGGCACAGAUGUCAAGGUGUAUACAGUGGGGCCAGAUUAUGCCCAUGCUGAAGCAAGAAAAUCUCCAGCUUUGGAUGGAAAGGUUGAACGAGACAGUGAGGGGAAAGAGAUUCGGUAUCCAGUUAUGCUAACUGCCAUGGAAAAGCUGGUGGCCAGGAAAGUCUGCGUAGCUUUUAAGCAAACAGUUUGUGGAUUUGACCUUCUUAGAGCCAAUGGCCACUCCUUUGUGUGUGAUGUCAAUGGCUUCAGUUUUGUCAAGAACUCGAUGAAAUACUAUGAUGACUGUGCCAAGAUUCUGGGGAACACCAUAAUGCGAGAGCUUGCCCCACAGUUCCAGAUCCCAUGGUCUAUCCCAACAGAGGCUGAGGAUAUUCCCAUUGUUCCUACCACAUCAGGCACCAUGAUGGAACUUCGUUGUGUCAUUGCAAUUAUCCGUCAUGGAGAUCGUACCCCCAAACAGAAAAUGAAGAUGGAAGUGACACAUCCAAGGUUUUUCACCCUGUUUGAGAAACACGGUGGCUACAAGACAGGGAAAUUAAAAUUAAAACGACCUGAGCAGCUACAGGAGGUGCUGGACAUCACAAGGCUGCUGUUGGCUGAGCUGCAGAAAGAGCCAGGUGGUGAGAUCGAGGAGAAGACUGGGAAACUAGAGCAGCUGAAAUCUGUGCUAGAGAUGUAUGGUCACUUCUCAGGCAUCAACCGGAAGGUGCAAUUAACUUAUUACCCUCAUGGAGUAAAAGCUUCUAAUGAGGGACAAGAUCCACAGAGGGAAGGUCUGACCCCAUCUCUACUGCUGGUACUGAAAUGGGGUGGAGAGCUGACUCCUGCUGGCCGUGUUCAGGCCGAGGAGCUGGGACGAGCUUUCCGCUGCAUGUACCCCGGAGGACAAGGUGACUAUGCUGGCUUCCCUGGAUGUGGGCUACUUCGUCUCCAUAGUACUUUCCGCCAUGACCUCAAGAUCUAUGCCUCUGAUGAGGGCCGUGUCCAGAUGACUGCUGCUGCUUUUGCUAAGGGCCUUCUGGCUCUAGAAGGGGAGCUGACACCCAUUUUGGUACAAAUGGUAAAGAGUGCCAAUAUGAAUGGGCUCCUGGACAGCGAUGGCGAUUCCUUGAGCAGCUGUCAGCACCGGGUAAAGGCUCGACUACACCAUAUUUUGCAACAAGAUGCACCCUUUGGCCCUGAAGACUAUGAUCAGCUGGCUCCCACUGGAAGCACUUCCCUGCUCAACUCCAUGGCUACUAUCCAGAAUCCUGUGAAGAUCUGUGAUCAGGUAUUUUCUCUGAUUGAAAACCUCACCCACCAGAUCCGGGAACGGAUGCAAGAUCCUGAGUCUGUAGACUUGCAACUUUACCACAGUGAGACACUAGAGCUAAUGCUACAGCGCUGGAGCAAGCUGGAGCGUGACUUUCGACAGAAAAGUGGACGCUAUGACAUCAGUAAGAUCCCUGAUAUUUAUGACUGUGUCAAGUAUGAUGUGCAGCACAAUGGGAGUCUGGGACUUCAAGGCACAGCAGAAUUACUGCAUCUCUCUAAGGCACUGGCUGAUGUGGUCAUUCCCCAGGAAUAUGGGAUCAGUCGAGAAGAGAAACUGGAAAUUGCUGUUGGCUUCUGUCUUCCAUUGUUGCGGAAGAUACUGCUCGACCUGCAGAGAACCCACGAGGAUGAGUCUGUCAACAAGCUGCAUCCCCUGUGAGGGAGGGCUGGGAGGGGCGCUGGAUGGAGGGAGGGGCAUGUCAGGGAUCCUGGGGGAACCAGGAAUAGGUUAGGUGAAAUCUUGGGAUAGAAAGGAGAAGAAAAGUCUUUGAAGUGGGAGGAGGGAGUUUGUGGAGGGGUGGGAAGAGGAUUAUCUGACUGUGUGAGUGACUUAGCUAUUAUCUCAGGUACUCCCGAGGAGUGCUCUCCCCAGGCCGCCAUGU